AUGGCGUCUCACCAGCAGACCAGGAUCCAAGCCUACCUGGAGAAGAAUAAGAUCGGGCCCCUCUUCGAGGAGUUGAUGACCAAGCUGAUAACAGAGACACCUGACCAGCCAAUCCCAUUUCUAAUUGAUCAUCUUCAGUCCAAACAGGGAAACCGCAGUCAACUUCAGAGAACAUUGUCUGGAUCUGCUGCCCUCUGGGCAGAGAGUGAAACAUCAGUAAAUAAAGGAACAAGGAGAGAUUUCAGAAGUUAUGAUAAACCUUGGCAGGUAAAUGCAAAGAAGCCUAAAAAAUCAAAAAGUGACCUUGCUGUGUCCAACAUUUCUCCACCUUCGCCGGAAUCCAAGUCAUUGCCAAGGUCAAUAGAGCAUCCUAACUGGGAUUGGAGGACAAAACCGGAGAGCCAUGAUUUUGAUGAACUAAAUCAUAUUCUUCAAGAGAGCAAAAAACUUGGAAAAGCCCUUGAGAAUCUGUCUCGCAGCAUUGCUGUUUCUGAUGAGCUUGAUAAGGACACAACAGGUUUUAACACCCCACUUCUCAGACCUCGUGUGAUUGGAGAGUGGGUUGGUCGUGAAGAGAAUGAUGCAGAUCCACUGGCUGCUGAGAUGUUGCAACCACCGAUACCAAGAAGUAAAAAUGAACAGUGGGACAGUGAAGAUAGCAGCAGUCCUGGAGGAAGCUUAAAAAUGGAGCCAAAGACCAAAGGACUAAAACAGCAACAGCAGCAACAUAAGAAACUGCUGGCUGCCAUGCUUUCUCAGGACUCCUUUGAUUCUGCCCAAAGCACAGCUCCAUCUGUAACCGAAGAAGAUAUUGACAAUGAAGAUGAUGCAAUGGAACUGUUGGAGGAUCUUGAUGACCUAAGAAUGGAAGGAGUAACAAGUGUGAUGUCUUCUGGGAGCAAAUUCAAUCAAACUCGAAGCGCUCAUCCUGCUGAGCCUCAAGCAAAGGUCACACUGAAUAUCUGUGCAAGAUGUGCCAGAUUACAAGGAGAUAACUUGGCUGAAAGACCAGAAGACAUCUCAGUGGUAUCUGAAACUCCUGAACAGGCAAUGUCAGACUCUGAUGCUGGAGUAUCUGGAGUUGAAACACUAAUGGAAGAUAUUGAUGAAUUUGAGAGCACCUCUCAAGUAGCAGGAUCUUCUCAGCCAGUUUGGACCCUGGAUGCUAUGAGUGUAAGAACUGGAGGAUCUCUAAGACAGAAACUCUUAAAGGACUCCUUAGCAGCAAAAGAACUUCAGACCAUGGAAAAACACCUAGCUGAUAUUGAAAAGGACCUAGCGCUAUGGGAAGAAGCAAGACUGUCAAGAAGCCCUAGUAUCCAACAUCCUAGUUUAGUUACAUCUGACCAUCAAGGCAAUUUUCAAGCUACACAAGGCCAAAAUCCAAGGCCUCAAGUGCCAGCUCAAAUGGGGAAAAACAUUCAGCUCCAAGGAAACAAGUCACCACCACUACCCGCGAACAGCAGAACACAGGUCUCCAGUAUUGCAAACAGUAGGCCUCCAACACCCACUACACAAACCAAUAGGCCUCCGACACCGUCAGCUCCGGGAAGCAGACCUGUGACCCCGAAUAGCUUGCUGUCACGACCUCUUACCCCUAUCAACCAGGGAAAUAAGGAAGGCAUCAUCAGUAUGCAAAGAAGCAGAUCUCUGACAUCUAAGAUCCAAUUGGGGAGGACCCUCAGCGCUGCUUCAGGGCUGUCUGUGCAAAUGAGUGGAGACAUUGUUGGAACUGUCACUGCUCAGAGAAGCAGUUUAUCAGAAGAUGAAUUCUUACAACAGCUUCAGCUUCCUCAUCAACCUUGGAUAUUGCCGAGUGACACAGAAAGUGAAGGAGUGGAAGCUGACCAAGACAAAUGUAAGUAUGCUUGUUAG